AGGGUUUUAGCCAUCAUAGAGAGGCCAACUGGGAACCCUCGCUUCGCUGGUUCGGCCAUCCCUUGCGAUACGAUCCUCUCAAGUCUCCCAAACAUAAAGAAAUUUAAGCUUUCUGGUUAUUCUGAAGAUAACGAAGCCCCAUUUUCAUCUUCUUCGAACAAGGAGUUUGAUAACAGCUGAUUGCCACGGUAAAGAUGAAUCUGUCUGGAUUGACAUGCAGUCCAUCAAGAUAUUGCCUCCACCUACCUGCACACGACCAGGGUUCACUUACUAAGCGAGUUUCUGCUGUUCCUUUUAUUAGGAAAUCGAGAAAAUUACCUCGCCUAGAAAGAAAUAACUGGGCUGGUUCUGUUCAGAGAUGCCGCACACGAAAUCUCCCCUUGUUUAAGUGUGCAAUGGAUGCUUCCUUUGGCGAUACUACAAAUGACCCAGCUGCAGGCAUGUUUCCCAGAAUUAAUAUAAGGGAUCCAUAUAAACGACUUGGAAUAAGUAGGGAAGCUUCUGAAGAUGAAAUUCAAGCUGCUAGGAAUUUCCUCAUACAAAGAUAUGGAGGGCACAAGCCGAGUGUGGAUGCAAUAGAAUCUGCCCAUGACAAAAUAAUCAUGCAAAAGUUUUAUGAAAGGAAGCACCCAAAAAUUGACAUCAAGAAAAAAAUUAGGGGAGUAACUCAGUCCCGAGUUGUGCAAGCAGUUGCAAGCAGGUUUCGAACUCCAGCUACCAAGUUCAUCAUAAAAACUUCAGUUGCUUUCGUUGUACUUGGAGCUCUCACUAUUCUUUUUCCAACUGAAGAAGGUCCAACCCUUCAGGUAGCCAUAUCCCUGAUAGCUACCAUAUAUUUCAUAUAUGAUCGGCUGAAAAGCACACUGCAUGCGGUACUAUACGGGGCUGGAGCAUUUAUUUUCUCAUGGCUGUUCGGCACCUUCUUGAUGGUUUCUAUGAUUCCACCUAUACUUAAAGGGCCAAGAAGUUUGGAAGUUUCGACUUCAUUGAUAACCUAUGUGCUUCUUUGGGUUUCUUCUACCUAUUUGAAAUAGUCUGUUCUCUUGGAAGACUGCAAUUUUGACAAUAGACAAACAAUUUUUUGCUGUCAUUAUGUUGAUUUGGAUCCCAAGUUGUGUUCCAAAUGCAUCAUUGUGUAUGUUCCCUUUCAGAACAACCAUUAAAAACAAAAAAAUGCAGUGCACAUGCUUGUAGGUUUGUUAGAUCAGGAGGAAAGCAUCUAGCUGCUUCCUUGUUGGGUGGAUUGCAUUGCCACCCAAACUGAAAGCCGGAGAGUGAAGAGACAGCUUAUUUUAUGAA